AUGCUGCACUGUCCGCCAUACGCCGCCUUUCUCUGCGUCACCUCGCUGCUCUGUUUUCUUCCCAUGGCUCCAAUCGACCCGCAUUCCAACACGCAGGCCGGCGAGCCGCUCACCACCUUCGUAGACUUCAAUCUGACCGUCGAUUUCGACAACAAACAGAUCUCUGGAACGGCUCGAUUAGUGCUGGACAAACCCGCCACGGGGACGCUGAGUUUGGACUCGCGGGAUCUGACUAUACUCGGCGCCACUGACGCUGCCGGCAACGACGUGCCCUUCCAGCUACAUCCACCACAUCACGUGCGCGGAUCGCUGCUCGAGCUCUCUCUGAACUCCAAUGAGGUCACCAUCCGCUACCACACAGGCCCCAACGCGUCAGCGCUGCAGUGGCUGACACCCGUGCAGACGGCAGGAGGGCAGCACCCGUACGUGUUCACGCAGUGCCAGGCCAUCCACGCUCGCUCCGUCUUCCCCUGCCAGGACACGCCGCAAGCCCGCAUCAAGUACCACGCUCGAGUGAAGAUCCCAGCGGGCCUCCAUGCAGUCAUGAGCGCGCAGCACGUGGCCACAGAGCAGACGGCGGAUGCCGCCCGAGUGGAGGAGGUGUUUGAGAUGGAGCAGCCCAUCCCGCCGUACCUCUUUGCUCUCGCCGUCGGUGACAUCGCCUCCAAGACGCUCAGCCCGCGCGUGAAGGUGUAUGCUGAGCCAUCACAAGUGGAAGCAGCAGCAUACGAGUUCAGUGAAACAGAGGACAAGAUCAAGGCAGCAGAGGCCCUCUUUGGCCCGUAUGGGUGGGGCGAUUUCAACCUGCUGCUCAUGCCGCCCGCCUUCCCCUAUGGUGGCAUGGAGAACCCUCGCUGCACCUUCCUCACGCCCACGCUGCUAGCUGGCGACCGCUCAUUGGCCAGCGUGGUUGCGCACGAGCUGGCGCACAGCUGGACUGGUAACCUGGUUACCAACGCGGAUUACUCCUCCUUCUGGCUGAAUGAAGGGUGGACGGUGUACGCGGAGCGGAGGAUUCUGGAAGCAACGGAGGGGGAGGAGAAGGCAAAGUUAGAUGCAGCUAUGGGCUGGUUAGACUUGCAAAAGGGGCUCUCACGCUUCACCUCCGAAACGGGCUCAUCCAGCCGUCGAUUCACGCAGCUGGAUCUGGGAACGGACGGCCUGGAUGAGAUCGAUCCAGACGAGGUGUUUUCGGAGGUUCCGUACGAGAAGGGGUUCUUCUUCCUCACGCGUCUCGAGAAAGCGGUGGGGCGUGCGGCCUUUGACGCGUUUAUCACCAAGUACAUCAGCAAGUUUGCCUUCCAGUCUAUCACCACCGCCACCUUUCUGGAUUUUCUGAAGGCAGAGUUGCCUCGGGUCAUGGAGAAGGGCAGCGAGAGUUGGGUGGACGUGGAGGAGUGGGUGAGAGGACAAGGAAUGCUGGCCGAAGCGGAGAGUAUCGUGCCGCAGUCUGCCAGGCUGGCAUCUGUGCAGCGGGCGGCGAGAGGAUUUGUUGAGGAUCCGCACUCGAAGUUUGGGCAGGCAGAUGCGAGUGACUGGGGUCCAGAUGAGUGGCAGAUCUUCCUUGCUGGUCUGCCCAGAACUCUGCCCGUUGAAACGCUUGUGCGAUUGGACGAGGAGUUUGGAUUCUCAAAGAGCAAGAACGCAGAGAUAAGGGUGGGGUUCCUCACAGUGGCAGCACAGUCGGGAGCAACGCAGUUUCACCCUGAGGUGGAGUCAACCCUCAUGUCUGUGGGGCGCAUGAAGUACCUGCGCCCGCUCUACACUGCGCUGAUCAAGGGCGGUGCCAAGGACAUGGCUGAAAGGGUGUUUGAAGCGGCAAAAGCCGGUUAUCAUCCAAUAAGAGAGUUAUUGGAUAUGGAGGAGAGCGGUGACAAUGGCAGCACAUGGGAGGCGCGACCAAGCGGCACGAGAGACCAUCUUAGCCCACUAAACGCCGAAGGGGGAGACGUGCGGUCGCAGACACCCGCAGCGAGCGACGGCUAUGCGUCCGAUACUGGCCCUGAGGGUCAUGGUGGCGGAAGCGGUAAAGGCGCAGGAGGAGGCAAUGGUUCCAGCCACGCUGCCAAGGAAAGGAAGAAGGGAAUCCCAUGGACGGAGGAGGAGCACCGGCUGUUCCUGGUGGGGUUGUGCAAGCUGGGGAAGGGCGACUGGCGGGGCAUCGCGCGGAGCUUCGUGGUGACGCGCACGCCCACGCAGGUGGCGUCGCACGCGCAGAAGUACUUCAACCGCCAGAACAACCUCAACAAGCGCAAGCGCCGCUCCAGCCUCUUCGACAUCAACACCUACUCUAUUUUGGAGGAGAGGAUGGAUAUGACUCGCUCCCUCAGCACCCCCACCCUCCCCCUCGCGCCUGAAGACGCCAAGUGCAGCGCGCGUGCCGCUCCCACGCACGAUCCUCCCACCCACGCGCAUACCCCCCGCUCAUCCGCGUCGUCGCCCAAGAUCCCGUCCAAUCUCGCCGCCGUCAAGCCACCGUCAGUCACGUUACCGUCAGUCACGCUACCGUCAGUCACGGCGUCACCGCCGCCUGCGUAUGCGCAGCACGCGUCUCUGCUGGACCUCAACCGCUCGCACUCCUACCCCGUCGUGCCUGCCGCCGGCGACUCCCACCUCCCGCGCUCUCUCAGCCGUCCGAUGUCCCUCCCAUCGCUCACUCCCGCGAAUCCCACUGUACAUACUUCCGCGGACGUGUUGUUCCCCCCUGCUGACGUCAUUCAUCCCUGGCGCAUCCCGGGCGUUCCUGACCCAUGGGGGGCCAGUGGAUACCCCGCAGGAGGCCGCACCUGGCCUCCGCAUCCUGCUGGGCCCGCGGUCCGUCCAGAUGCAGUGUAUCCGGCGAUGAUGAUGAUGGACCCGGCGGUGAGGCACAGGAUGGGGUACGAGAUGCUGCUGCGCAUGGAGGAGGAGCGAAGGCAGCGCGCGCACGCGGUUGCUGCUGCUAAUGCGGAUACUGCUGCUAAUGCGGAUGCUGAUGCAGAUGUACAGGGCGCUGAGAAGAAGUGUAAGGUGGAGAACGAGAGGGGCAUGGGGGUGGAAGGCAGUGUACAUAAAGAACUUCUGCCUUCCAAGUUUGUCGCUGGUGCCUCAAGAUUAUCUGAAACCAUGGCUCUCGGUAGUGGGCCUAAUAAGAGUAAGGUGGAGGAGGAAGGUGGUGCAUUGAAGGAGGCUGGACUGGCAGCUGCUGCUGCGCAAGCAGUGGCAGUGCCUGUGAAGCAGUUUCCUCCGCCUUUCUCCCCGCCGCAUGGCUUCUACCCACCCACCUAUCACUCCUUCCCUGACCCAUCCUUCAUGUACAUGUGGCCUCCCUAUCCUCCUCCUCCGCUGAACCUGGGGUGCAGCUGGCAGCCUCCCUUCUCUAGCGGCCAUCCCAGCAGUCCAGGGGGAGCCAGCCGAGUGCUCAGGCCCACAGCCAUGUUGGCUACAUCGCCCCUCCACGUGCCGGUUGCUGUCAAGGAGAGAGCCGAGGGUGUCUCAGGCUCAGCAAAGGAGGCUGCUCGUAAGGCAGCCGAGCUGCAAGAAGAGUCCAGUCUAAAGAGAGGGGGUGACGGGCUGAGCAUGGCGAUGGAUGUGAGAGUAGCUCUGUCAAUCGGACGGCGGCUCUUGUUUCUCGCCACCGUACUCGGCGUGUUCUCGGCGUCCAUCUCUCAAUCAGCAUCCGUCACUAAAGAAGCAUCUCCCACAAUCGGAUCAUCAAUCCAGGACGCUCUAAAGGACUUCACCCGCCACGUCAGCAGCGAAAACCGAUGGCCGACAUCAAUGACUCGCGUCAGCAGAGUGGAUUUGGAGGACGCCACGUGGCAACGCGUGCUGCAGUACGACUUCGAGGUGCAACUCGGCGCGCAGCGGAAAGCCUUUUCCCUUUCGGAGCAGCUGAGCCCUCCCGAGUACCUCCUCCCCCACCUGCCGCCUCUCGCCGCACCCGACGCUGCUAGUAUUAACGAAUCGACGGGAGAAGAAGAAGAGAAACAAGCAACCGAGGAGAGUACAAACGGAGACGCUGGAAAAUCAGCAGCCCAUGCUUCUGAGGGCGAGGGUUCACUUGCGCUGCGAGCGGCAGGCGGCGUUUACGGCAGCGUGUCAGCUGCGCGAGGCGACUCGCUGUUGCAAUCCGUUGCAGGGUCGGUGCUGACGUCAGCGGCAGCGGGGUCGCUGCCGCCGGUGACGGUGGAGGGGCCGAUGGAGAUGUGGGUGCAGGACGCGGAGCAAGUGCGCCUCGCCAUGCCCCACGACGUGGAUGCGGGCGAUGUGAGGAAGGUCGUGCUCGCGUCAGGCGCCGCCGUCACCGUGCACGGCGCGCAAGCAGUCGCCUUGGCGCGCCCGCUGCAGCUCCCGCUUCCCACUCUCUCCCGCCGCUCCCUCUCCGCCUCCUCCGCCUCUUCCGCCCUCCUCGCCCUCGCGGAAAAGCUCAAGGCCGCCGCGCUCUCCUGGUCCUCUCCGUCCCGCGCGCCCUCGUCCGCGUCCCCCCUGCCCCGCGAGCUCGUGUCGCUCCGCGUGGUGCGCCCCUCCGCCAUCGUCGCCGCCAGCGUGCCGCUCUCCGCGCUCCCCCCCGCUCGCGACGUCGCCAGCAUCGGCCUCGUGGAGGCUGUUACUGAGGCGGGUGCGACUGACGACCUCGGGAAUACCGCCGCUGCCACUGCCGCGACGGCCCUUGCGCCCGCGAAGCUCAGAGUCAAGCGGAUCGCAGCAGGCGCAGUGGAGCUGACGUCAGCGAGGCCGCGAUCCACGUCAGCAGCAGCAGCAAGAGGCGGCGUCCUCUCUUCCCUCGCGGCGGCGCUACCUCUGGCGUCGCUCACAGCCCCCCCAGGGCCAUGGCCGUUCCCAGUAGUGAAUCGAUCCGAUGGGCGGCUGACGGCGCUGGGGGAGGCGCUGCAGGGCGCGCUGGGGGAGAUGGUGGCGCAGCAGGGCAAGGGGAGGGGGAAGGGGGGGGCGGGCGGGAAGGGCGGUGGUGGUGCCUCUGGUGGUUUGCCCCGCGUGUUCCAACUGGUGAAGGCCAGUGCUUCUGCUGGCCGGGUGGUUCGCAUUCCUCUGCAGGUGGAACUGCGGGUGGAGGGCGUUGGCCAGUCCAUGCUGCCCGUGGCGCUCAAUAACGAGACUGCUUCAAAUGAGGAUGGAACGAAGGCAGAAGCGGGGGAGGGUGGGAUGAAAGGGGAAGCAGAGAAGCAGAAGGUGGAUAAGAGUGACGGCAGAGAGAGGAGAGGAGAGGCGGGGGGGAAGGAGAAGGGCGAGCAGGGGUCAGUUGUUAUGACACGUCAGCAGUGGGAGUUGGUAGCGCAGGUGGAUGGCGGCGGUCGGCUGGUUCCCGUGCAUGUGAGACGAGUGGGGUCGGUGGGGCCGUCCAUGGUGGUGGCGCCGCAUGUGCUCUUCCCCAACACCACUGCCUCCCUGCCCAACCUGCCCCCGCCCAGCCGACUCAUGCUCUGA